UUUUCUCUCAACCUUUGGAUAAACAUCAAGGACUUUACCACAGUAUUGGGCACCCCAGUGCUCUUACAUUUUUGGAAAGUAUCAUUAUGGAUUUUUCCUUCUUAUUCUUGAUAAAUGCAGUGGUUUUGAUAUUGGAACAACAAGCCUACACAACAUCCUUGUCAGUUCCAGGGUCCCAUGCAAACAGAAGCCCAUCGGUGAACCAUACUGCACAAAUCCUUCAUCGUGAGAGGCGCUGCUCCUGUGAAAACCUGAAGGACAAGGAGUGUGUGUACUUUUGCCACAUAGGAAUUGUUUGGGUCGAUUCACCCAGUCAGGUCAUUCCCUAUGGUGUGGGCUCACUUCAAAUGCGUCUAAGGCGAGAUGUAAAACGGUGCCUUUGCACGGACAGGAGAGAUAUAAAGUGUGUGCAGUUUUGCUCUUACUUGGAUCUCCAACAAGAAGAUGAUAAUGCUUCAGUCAAAAGGUACCAUCCCAGAAACUCAAAAGAGCAAUACAAAUUUGGAUUACCCCUGAGAUUGAGGAGGCACAAUCCAAUCCAAACAACCUGAAAUUGUAGUGGGGAAAACUGUAAUAAUUUACUGUAGGCUAUAUUAUUACUAUCUGGGAAGCGAGCCUGACCAUACAGUAUGUCUGAAUAUGUGAGCUUUUUAACUGUUGUUGUGAAUAGUUUACAAAGUACAGUAUCAGACAUAAUUUCUGAUGGGCUUUGGCUUGUCAUGAAAUACUAUCUUCUAAAUAGGGACAGUAUAUAAGGCAAAUAGGAGUGAGUGAUGUAUUCUCUAACUGUCAGUAUAUUGCAAAAUACUGUAAAACUCUAUUGCUUCUAAUUGACGUUUAGUGUAUGAUGUUUGAUGUUUCCUCAUAAUGUGUAAAAGUAAGUACAAAAUCUAGGGCAGAGUUGCUCAUUGACUUCACUGUUUAUUGAGAAUUUAUUGAUGGCUU